UAUAUCUAAUACGAUCCCGGAUCCCGGGCGUCCCGGAUCCCGGGAUUCCCCCCCCCCACCGUAUUAGGUCCUCGUAAAAGUUUUACUUCAUGAUGAUUACAAUCCAGUUGACAGAUAUUUUCAUUUGAGAAAAAUAUUUUAAAAAGACAAGAAAAUGACAGUACCUCUAGACAGAAUUCCUGAUUCUUUGGGGUAUUUAGUGCUAACAGAAGAUGGGGCAGUAGCUAAUUCUGGUGGUGAUUUAGAAAACAAUGAAGAUCUGGCUAAUAAAUUCCUGAAUAUAGUUCAUAAUGCAUCAAGAAUUCCACUUUCCACAAGUAACAAAGACAAAUUCAGAAAAAUAACAGUUGUUUUGGACAGUUUCAUGUAUGUAAUUACAGUGUCAGGACAUAAGAUUUAUGUUUGUAAAAGGAAAUAUGUGCCAGCAGAUCCAGUGUCAGCAUAGUGAUAUACAUGGAUGUCAAAGAAACAGUUUUAUAUUGAACAUAUAGCAGACAAUAUAUUUCAGUGAGCAGAAAUGUUUAUAGUUUCAGUACCAAUGUUCAUGUAUGUUUAACAUUAUAUGCUUAAUCUGUUUUUCUCUUUUUACAAUAUUGAUAAAUAAAUAUAUACACUAUCUCAUCAUUGUAAUGAUUGGUGCAUCAUAUUACACAAUUUGUCAUAUUUUGUCAUGUUUGAAAAUAAUGGACAGGAAGGACAUUGGAUAUUGUUAAACCUAGUUGCUGGUUAAGAACAGUGACACAUUAGUAAAUGAAAAUGUGAGAAUCAAUGAAGAUUGAAAUUUCAAUGACAUUUGUAGAAAACUCCAAAAAUGGAAACUUGACAAUGAAAUUUAGGAAAACUCAACUAGAUAAAGGUCACAAUCUUUUUGCAGCUACAUGUAUUUUGAGUUUUAAACAAGUUUAAUAUCAAGAUAUAUAUCGUCUAGCUUUGGUUCAGUUUGUUUUAGUUCAACACAGAACGUUUUUGUGAGGUGGAAAAAUUAAGCAGGUUCAACACAGUUUUAAAAGCAUACAGUACAUCUCACAGAUACAAGUGAAACUGGAGGCAUGUUGACAUGACUAUCCCACACUGAUUGUGUUUGCUUGUUGGAAAAAAGUAUUCGUUGGAGAGCAGUCAGUAAUUCAUUUCUAAAUAAGUAUUUUUGGUAAUAAACACCGAUUGUUGAAGUGAGUAUAGAUGUGCUUUAGAUAAAAAUUACAAUUCAUGGUCAUUGCACUUCUACAAGAUGUCAUCUAUUAAUAUGUAAUUUUUCAAGACCAUCUCUUAGUUUUGGAGUUGUGCUUUUGAUUUAUUUCGAAAUUAAAUAAAGGAUGAUAAUGCACUAA